AUGAGACCAUCUCCAUCGGUCUGCCUACAGAUUGUCGGUACUGAUGCCCUACUCCAACUGGCCCGCGCCCCCGAUCUGGCUCUGCCUCAAAGUUGCCUACGAUCGGGAGGUCAAGACUCAGACUGUGGCCAGCUGGUUGGUCGACUCACAGCCAUGCGCGAAAACCGACCCUCAGACGAGCCAAAUGAGAAUGGCCUAAACGCCACCGUUGUCAAACAGGAUCAUAGUACCCACGCGGACAACCCGAGCACUAACAAUGCAACUUGCAAUCCUGGCAGCCUUUCUGGCUCCGAGGAUUCUGCCUGUCGUCAACUGAUUGGCUCUCGUGGAGGCAUCGCUGGCCUAAUUGGUCUUUUGCGCUCAUCACAUGAACCAGUCGUCAGACUGGCUUGCGCAGCCUUGUCGGCUUUGUGUUUGGCGCCGGGUGGGCAAGCUGUAGUCAGCAAUCAGGACAGAUUGGGAGUGCGCCAGUUCAUGGCGGAUCGACAAAUGGCUAGAACUGGCAAGCAAAGACCAGACGAUCGAGCAACCGGU